AUGCAGAUCUUGCGACCCAUUGAGAUCAACACGAACCAGUUCGUACAAAUCUCUGUGGACAUUUUGGAGCCACAAGUUCAGCAGCACGUUAUCAAGCUGAUUAGGGCCAAGGUGAUCGUUUUUAUUCAUUUUGGCACACUUUGCUCUUCCUUCAGCAUUGCUCGGAAGGCUGAUGGGGGUCCACCGCCCCUACGCAAUCGCAUGCAUUUGUGGGGGCUCCCUGGUCUUGCUCCACGCGACCAGGCCAAACUGCAGUUGGGCCAUGAGUUCAUGCACCUCACUGUGCGGUGGGUGCGAUUGCUCCACGCAAGUGGUCUCGGCUGGUCGGUUGAGAACCCUGCCAGCUCCUUUCUUUGGGAAAUGCCACCUAUGGUCGAGUUGGCGGCUCUGCCCACGGCCAAGAUGUUCAGGCUCGACAUGUGCCGGUUUGCCUCCCCCCACAAGAAGCCGACAGCGGUGCUCUCCAACGUCGACCUACGGGAACUGGCUCUGCUUUGUGAUCAAGCUGAGCGGCCACAUUCUCAUGAGCCACUGGUCGGCACAGUGCUCUACGAGGGCCAGAAGGUCUUCAAGACGCGUUUAGCGCAGGUAUACCCAUCCGCUCUGUGCAGCACUUGGGCACAGGCGAUCGCCGCAACAGGCAUGGAUCCUUUGGCGGCUACAUUCCAGAUGGUCACCCCUGCUGCUGAGCGCAAACGCCCGGUGGGCCAAGAAGUUCCAUGGAAGAUUCACAAGCAAAGGAUCACAGCUGAAAAAGCCAACUCGGCGGGCUACCAACUGAAGCGAUCGGCAUUGCCGCCGAUCUUAGCCACCGAGAUGGAACCGGGUCGAGCAGUGCAGGCGGCUCUGCACGUGAUUCACCCGUUCACAAUGGAUCCUGCCCUUGACCCCGACCUUCAAGAAGUUCUCAAUUUGGUGUCAUCGCAGCCACAGUUCGUGCUUGGGCAUCGUGCAGGAGCUCUCCGGUUUUGGGAAGCUCGAGCUCACGAGCUGCUCCCCGUCACUGAUCAGUGGUUGCGACAGGUCAGUGAUCCUCACCUGCGGCGCCUUCUUCGCGGUCAACCUGACGGGCAGCCCUUAGUUUUGGGCCAAUGCACCCAUGUGGCGCUCUGGCAAGAAAUGCUGACUGCCGCUCGCUGCAUCGACACGCAGCUGCCGGCGGCAUUGCUCCACGGUUUUUCGAUCGUGGGUGCCAUUCAGCGCAGUCACAGGUGGCCUGCUCUUCCUGUUCAUGACGACGGGAUCUCCGUCCAUGAGUUGUCGGACAGGGCCUGGGAAUUUUUCAACAAGGUAGUCCGCAAUGUCAAGAAAUGUGAGGUCACGGAGAACACCGAAAAGAUCUGGGCAGCCACUAUGGAAGACGUUGAGGAAGGGGUCACAGUCGGCCCGAUGUUCUCCAGGGAUGAGGUCAGUGCAUUUUUGGGCACUGAGCAAUGGAUCCCCACACAGAGAUUUGAAGUGGUUCAAAAGAAUAAAGUUCGUGGUGUGGACAGCGCCACGGUCAAUGGCGUCAACAUGGCCACUACGAUCACAGAGAAGAUCGAGCUUCCAUCAACAGAUGUCAACGUGGCUGCUCUUCGUUGGUUGCGUUCUCAUGUCGACAAGGACGAGAAGAUCGAAGGUUGGGUCCUGGAUGAACGAAAGGCUUACCGCCAGAUCGGUGUCAAGCCGGAUCACAGAAGGUGGAGUGUGAUAUCGCUCCGUGAGCCUUCCACUGGUAAGGUCUCCUUCUUCGUCAUGAUCGGUCACUCCUUCGGUCUGGUGUCGGCAGUCUAUAACUACAAUCGAAGAUCAGCCGCCAUCACGGACGUUCUGAGAAGAAUCUUUUUGGUGGCAGCUUUCAAUUUCUAUGAUGACAAGUACGGUUUCGAACCGUCAGCCACUUGCUCUUCUGCGUUUGAGGUCGCUCAAAAAGUUCAUCUUUGGUUGGGGGCGCAGUUCGACCCGAAGAAGUUGCAGCAGUGUCGCGACCCCACGAUCCUCGGUGUCACCUACGACCUCAACGAUAUGUUGCUGAAGAUCAAGCCGUCGCGGAAGUUGGAACUGGAAGAAGAGAUCUCUUCCAUCUUGGAAUGCCAGGUCUUUCCGCCGGGUCAGGCAGGGAAACUUCGCGGCAAGCUCAUGUUUGGCGCGUCACAGCUCUGGGGGAAGAUUGGGAGAGCUUUCCUGCGUUCGCUUUCUGAACGCCAAUACUCCAAGAUGAACCACACCAAGCUCAACAAGGCGCUGGUGAUCUCGCUGCAGCAAUGGUUGUGGUUGAUCAAGGAAGGACCACCACGGCCCAUUGAGUUCGCCAAGCCAAGAACGCCGGACUUUGUGAUCUUCACUGACGGCAGCUUCCCAGAUGGUUCUAAGGGAUCCCCCACUUUACCGUGGAUCGGGGGCGUUCUUUUUCAGAAAGGUGCUCAGCCAUUGCAGUUUGGAGCGGCUGUCGAGUUCUCCCUCAUUGAGAAGUGGAUUCCGAGGAAGUCGCAGAUCGCGAUGGUGGAGCUCUUUGCUACGGUGGUCGCUCUGCGCACGUUUUCUGAGAGGCUGGCAGGAUCCUGGUCUUUGUUGUUAGUUGACUCUGAACCCGUACAGGGAGCUCUAGUGAAAGGAUACUCAGCCCGUGAAGAUUUGUGCGAGCUGGUAAGCGUAUUCUGGAGCAUAGCUUUGGAGCUCAAGGUUCAGUUGUAUAUAGACCGAGUUCCGACAGAUGCCAACCCGGCCGAUCACCCAUCCAGAGAUCGGAUGCAGGUAGGUCUAUGCAGCAUUCUCUACGCGCGAUGUGGCUCUGCGCUGGAUCUUCGCGCUGUGCUCGCUACUGCGCUGGCGCUGCAGCUCGGGCAUGCUGAUGACAUCGUGGCACUGUACCUGAAACAGGGCACUAUACCUGUCGCGAAAAAGACUGCAGUUGCUCCUCUAAGCGUCGCCAUCCCCGCUGGCAUACAGAUCGGCUGGCGAAUACUGGAGGUUGAUGGCAAAGCUGUGCCCGAAGAAGAGGUUGGCAAAGCCACCAAGGUCCUCAGAGAAGCCGAAGAGAAGAUGGCGAAUCGAAGUGGGAAGGCAUCUGUGUCGGUGAGUUUCCUGACAGAGGAGCCGGACCAUUGGAAGCAAGCUGCGAAGGCAUUGUCUGGAAGUGUCCUGGCAGCAGAUCGUGGAUGGCUCCUAGCCUAG